AAUUCUCUACCGAGUCUGGAUGGAUAGAGGGUAAAUAUGUCAUUUCAGCGUUGUUCUUAUUAGAUGAAGCGAAGGAAGUGAGACGCUGAGACAGAGCGCAGAAAAAUGGUGUCAGUGGCUGGUGGUCAAUGGGCACUCUGUGUCGCUUCGCCGUCGUCUUCUUCAUCGCUUCCAGGGAAAAACUCAGCAACUGGCAAUUCAUACUGUUCUCCAACUACUGUUAACUUACGCACUGAGUUGGCCGCAUUUCGUCCUCAGUUCCGUCUUUUCUCUCGCAUUUCUUCGUCCCGCCGCCGCCUUUGCGCUUCCAGCUCCGCCGAGUCUGGAAUCUUCCUCCCUCACCUUGUCGCUUCUAUGGAACAAGUUGAGGAGACUUACAUUAUGGUGAAACCAGACGGCAUACAACGAGGCCUUGUUGGAGAAAUCAUCUCUCGUUUUGAGAAGAAGGGAUUUAAACUGAUUGGACUGAAGAUGUUCCAGUGCCCAAGAGAAUUGGCUGAGGAACAUUACAAGGAUCUUAGUGCCAAAUCAUUCUUCCCUAGUCUGAUCGAGUACAUUACUUCAGGCCCAGUUGUGUGUAUGGCUUGGGAAGGUGUUGGUGUGGUUGCUUCAGCCAGGAAGCUAAUAGGGAAAACAGAUCCUCUUCAAGCUGAACCUGGUACUAUAAGAGGAGAUCUUGCUGUACAAACCGGAAGGAACAUUGUUCAUGGUAGUGAUAGUCCUGAAAACGGAAAGCGUGAGAUUGCUUUGUGGUUCAAAGAAGGCGAGCUAUGCGAGUGGGAUUCGGCUCUAGCCUCAUGGCUAAGGGAGUGAUCGUUGAGAAGACAGAUUCGAUUAUAAUGGUCUAAAAAGGAAAUUUCUUUACUUGUUUCUUGUUGAUGUUGUGAGAAUGAGCUCUGGUCUGUUUUGUUCUUGAUUUUGGUGGCAAUACAACUUCCAGUUUUCGGCUUAUAAUAACUUUCCUAUGUAACAAAAUGAGCUAUAGAUUCAUCCACAUUUUGGUUCAUCGUUACAUAAAGAUCUAGGAGUUCAU